CGAGACUGACCUGAGUGGGAUGAAACAUCAGGAGUCUGACCACGGACCAAGGAGGGUUUCAUCCUAAUCCAGUGACUCUUACUUGAGUCAAAGAAGAAAUAAAAUUGGCCCCAGUGAAAAAAAACACACACCAAUAACUAACAAUGGGGGAAGUGACUGUCGAAGUAGAUGAGGAGGUGACGAAACAUGACUUCUUUUUGGAGCCACUCCCAGAGCCACUACUGAUAAUCCUGUCUCCACCUCCACCUUUCUUACCUGUCCCCGGUGAACCGACCAUGUGUUGGCAAAAGUGGCUUAAAGCUUUCGAACACUACGUUGAAGCGCUUGGUGAAAACGAGCUUAUCGACUACAGUAAGUGUGUGCUGUUACAAAACUGCCUUGGCCCCGAGGGCCAACGUAUCUUCACAACAUUGAUCCAGAGUGAAACCACAUAUGUGGCAGCCAUCUCAGCGCUGACCGUUUACUUCAGCUCUGAUCACACGUCGCAGAUGUACCGCCUUAAAUUUCAUCAGAGGCGUCAAAUGCCCGGAGAGACUGUAGAGCAGUUUGUGUCUGCGUUAGAAGAACUGCUGAAGCCUUGCAACUGUGGAGACUUACAAGACAAACUUAUCCUGGAUCAGCUGAUUGAGAAAACAAACUGCCAACAACUCAAAGAGAGGCUGCUGUUGGAGAGGGAAACUCUGACUUUGGACAAGGCUUUGGUUAUCGGUAAAGAGGUUGAAUCGGCUUUAAACGAAUCUGAACUCUUUGGUAUUCACGAAGUCAGUGUGGACAUUGGAGACGAUUUAGACCCACCUGUUCAAAGAAAGGCCAAAAGAGGGCGUCCUCGGCGUGGUGAGAGAAGGGCGAAAAACAAAACGAAACCACGCACAACUAAAGCUCAAACAAGAUCAUCUAGAUACAAAGAUAAUUACUAUUACGUUAAUGAUAAAUUAUAUUACGGUGAUCAGGAUGAAGAUAAGUCCAAGAGUUCUGAUGAGACUAAUCGGCCUUGUGAUAAAUCCAGCGAUAAAACAGAUGAUGAUGAAAAUGAGACCUUGUCAUCAUCACAGAGGAUAAAAGAGGAAGGCUGCGACAAAGCAAGUGACGAUGAUGAAGAUGAAGACUUUGUCCUUUCUCCGUCUAAACUAAAAGGCCCCUACUGUCCCAUCUGUGUUGACAAGCGCUUCAGAGAUGCGAACAAGCUCGCCCGACAUAUGAGGACGCACACAAAGGAGAAACCGUUCAUCUGCCCCAUCUGUGCUGUGACCUUCAGCCAGUCCUAUCACAUGACCCGUCACUUGAGGAACCAGCACGGUGCGGGCCCUCACGUCUGCUCCACGUGUGGGAUAAGUUUAGGGAGCUUUUCAGAGCUGCAAAGUCACAAGAAGACGCACAAGUCUCAAGUUCUGUCGUGUCCCAACUGCCACGAACAGUUCGCUAAUGAUAGUGCGUUUUUUAUUCACAUUUUGUCACAUAAACAGUCGACCCAGACAGAGGGACAGGAUUCUCAGCAAAGCGAAGAAGCAGAAAACCGAGAAAUGAUCGAGUCACGUAACAAGGACAGUCGUGAGAGCGAUGAUUGCGACGAUAAUGCUGCUGAGAAUGAUGCAGACUCUUGCAACAGUGAUUCUCAGGAUAAAGAAUCUGAAGUUAGUGUUAAGACUGAAGAUAAGGACACUGAUGGAGCUAAAUCUCAGGACGGAGGCAGUCAGAAAGAAAAAGUCGCCUCCAAGACUAAAACAAAAGGCCAUUUCUGUCCCAUCUGUGUCGGCAGGCGCUUCAGAGGGCCAAACAAACUCGCCAGACACAUGAGGACGCACACAAAGGAGAAACCGUUCAGCUGCCCGGUCUGCGCUAUGACUUUCAGCCAGUCCUACCACAUGACCCGACACCUGAGGAACCAGCACAGCUUGGGCCAGUACAUCUGCUCUAAAUGUGGGAAAAGUUUAGGUAGCUGGCUAGAACUGAAGGCACACAAGAAGACUCAUGCCGUUGAAGGCCUGACGUGUCUUGCAUGUGAUAAACAGUUCAAGGAGAAGGCUGCACUUGUGAGUCAUCUGAAAUUACACAAGAAGGUCCAGUCCAGCCCUCGAAGCCUCAUCUGUGGCGAUUGCGGCAAAGUAUUUGGUCGAAUGUAUCAUUUGAAAAGGCACAUAGUGACCCAUCGUAAAAGUUCGAACGGCGAGUGUUACACGUGCCCCGAUUGUCAGAAGAAUUUCGCCUUCCCAGAAGACCUCAACAAACACUUGGAAAUUCACGUGAAAGAAAACAAUGGGACUUGUCCGAAAUGUAACGAAACCUUCGGUAGUCCAGAAGAACUGGAGACGCACAUGAGAGUUCAUGAGAAGUCAUACCCCUGCAGCACCUGUGGGAAGAAGUUCAAGGUCGAGUACGCGCUGAAGAAGCACGAGCAAAGCCACCAAGACGAACAGUAUUAUUGUUCGUUGUGCCGCAAACGCUUCAUCAAACUGUCUCACUACAAGAGGCACAUAAUGGUCCACGACAGGCGGGAAUCCAGAUGUCCACACUGUGACAGCGUCUUUCUCCAGUUAACAGCUUUGAAGUAUCACCUGCGGACUCAUACAGAAGAAAGACCAUACCAGUGCUCCUGUUGUAUUGAGACUUUUGAGGAGAAGGAAGAUCUAGAGCAGCACUGCCUCAAGCACAGGAAAUUCAAGAGGGAGCGUCCGUACUCGUGCACUCGGUGCGAUUUCGCUUUCUCUACGCUAAUUGAGCUGACCGAACACAUGAGCUCACAUGAGGGAGAACAACCGUUGAACUGCCCCGUUUGCGGCAGAACAUUCCUGAACAAGAACAAGCUGGAGAAGCACCUGAGCAUCCACACGGGGGAGAGACCUCACCUCUGCUCCAUCUGCGGCAACGGGUUCCCCUCCGCCGCCAGCCUCAAGUUGCACAUCCACAUCCACACCGGAGAGAAACCCUUCCAGUGUUCGCAGUGCAGCAAGAGCUUCAGGUCGUCCAGCGGGCUGCGGCUGCACAGCAGACAGCACAUGGAGGUGCGGCCGAGCUACGAGUGCCCCGAGUGCGGCAGAACUUACGGUCGCAUGACGGAGCUGAAGAUGCACCAGCGAUAUCACACGGGGGACAAACCGUACGCAUGCACCUGCUGCAACAAACGCUUUAUUAGCAAAGACAAACUGAACGUUCACAUGAGGAUACACACAGGGGAGCGGCCGUACUCCUGCCCCCACUGUGGACAGACAUUUACACAGACUGGGGACAGAAACAGACACAUCAGUAAAUACCACUAGUUAGAUUCUGUUGUAACAGAACUCCAGUGAAGCUUCGGUUGUUGCUUUUGAAUGAUCGCACCGUUAGUUUUGCAUGUUUGUAGGGGUAGGUAGCAUUAAGAAUCAAUUCACAUUCACUCUCUUCUCAUAUUAUUUGAUAAACAAUAAUGAAUCAAGAUAUGCUGAAGCUAACUUGGGCAGAGUUAGGCUCCCAUGAACACUAAAUUAUCAUAAAUGAUGAAGUUAUGUGAUUGCGUUAAAGCCUUCAAUUGAUCAACCAAUGUUCAGUCACCACCUCUUGGACACACGUAUCAGCAAAUAUUACGCAGGUUUUACAAGGACUAUUUAAUGCUAGGGCUGGAUUAAUCAGAACAUACUCCCCAAUAACUUACUUUAAGAUAACAUGUAUUUCUACAAAAGGCCUUUUCUUAGCGAGUCAAACUUCUCAAAUGUUUAAUGUCUAAAUUCAGGCAGUCCUGAAAGAACUUAACAAAAAUAAAAUCCUCCUAAAAUUAGGGAUGUCAUGAGAACCGAUAGUUCGGUACCAAGUCGAUACAAAUAUUUUGAAAACUUGAUGGUACCACUUUUUCUACGGUACCGUAGGUACCAAAGGUAUCGAGGAUGUGAUUCUCCCAGACCAGGCGGCGCAGCAUAUACGGCUACAAAUAUUCGCCUUUAAAUACCACAGAACAACUGUUUGCUCCGUCUGUCUCUGUCACUGUGUGUGUGUGUCUGUGCACACUCACCACACCACUGCAAGUGCAACAAAAGCCCCACAGGAAAAAAUCCAGCAAAUAAGAGUAAUUUAUUAAUGUAAACUAUGCGAAAGAUGUACAGACGAGGAAAAUAAAGAGAAUCCAGUUCAUUCAGGUAACUCAGAUAAAGGCUGCACUGAAGC